GAUCCAUGUUAUAAUUACGACAAUUUAAGUGAUGCCACAAGAAAAAGCAGUCAUGAAACACCGCAUUUCGGUCCAGUGUAUUGUGACAACCUACUCCAUGAGGGAUGGUAUCGUUUUGUGGGAGCUGCAGGAACAAAAAUGCCAACAACGCGUGUGCCAGCAUUCAGAUGUGGCACAGACUGGUCAGGCUGGUUGGAUGGUGCUCAUCCAACAGUGGAAGAUGGUGAAGUUUACAGGAAGGUCUGCUUUAGUGAUCGUGAGACGGGUUGCGAAAAAGAUAACCGAAUUUCAGUUAAAAAUUGUGGAUCACUUUUCAUCUACAAACUUACUAAG